UACAGCUUAUGGAGACAAUGUCCAGCUGGAUACAUGCGUGUUCCAUGAAUCUGCCAAAGUGGACAAUGUGGACACACCCAGUCUACUGACAGUCUCUCCUCAAAUAGGAGAGUUUACAUUGAUGUCCUACUCUGUCAGUGGAGAAAGCAGCAUUACCUCCCCUUUCCAUUUUGUCUCCUCAGUCCAGCUACUAGAACACAGCAGGGAUGUGAUGGUUGUCUGAGGAUAAAGAACAUGUUACCUGUGACCUCUGUCAACCUUAGACUAAAGUUUGGGGUCCCUCAGUCGGUGUCCAACAUUUCUCAGCACUUAGACAGCAGUGAACAAACAGCUACACUGGAAAAGACAGACAGUACUAUUCUAUGGAAAUUAAAAUCAUUGGCACCUCACACUGAAUCUGUUGCUCAGUUUAGGUUGAUUAGUCAAAGUGGUGAACUAAACAGGGAGAAUGUUGGACCUCUAAGAAUGGAUUUUGAAAUUUCUGGCCGUGUGCUAUCAGGGAUGAAGAUAAAAACUGUGAAAAUUGUGAAUCAAGAGCAGACAACUCCACAAAAGUGGCUGAGAUACAUAACUGUCAGCGAUUCAUUUCUUGUCAAACUUGUGUAGCAAUGAAAAUAAAAUGCAGAUAAAAUUUUAUAAGAAAACGUCUACAAUGUAUUUUUUCAGAUGUGUGCUAGCUUAUUAAAAAUUUCCAUGAUUACUGCAAUGGGUACAAUUUGUUUUUAUGAUAGAUUCAUGUAAUUUAAAUCUCUUGAGUAUUCCCAAUUUGUAGAAAAUUUCAAAUUUCUCAAUAAUAUAUUUGAAUAAAGUUAAAUACACUGUAUGAUGCUGAUGGCCACAAUUUUACCACAUUUCAGAAGCCACUGAAAAAUCGUUUUCAUAUGAAGUAGAUCUGUGAAUAUUAAAUAUAAAAACUAAUUGAAAAAUUAAAACGGAAAA